AUGAGCAAAUCACGCCUGAACUUCUGUCCAUAUGUGGUUCACACUGUGGGGCCGAUCGCACAAGGACGAGUGACAGCGGCGGAACAGGGGGCUCUGAGGUCGUGCUACAAGAACAGCCUGCAGACCGCCACCAGCAGCGGAGCGCGCUCUGUGGCUUUCCCUUGCAUCUCAACAGGAAUCUACGGAUAUCCGCCGGAACAGGCUGUGCACGAGGCAUUAGCCACUGUGAGGGAUUUUCUGGAUGAGCAUCAUGAAAAGCUGGACAGGAUCAUCUUCUGUGUCUUCCUGCCUGCAGACAAAGACUUGUACCUGGACAACCUCCCGCUGUACUUCCCUGCUGAUGCUGCUGUCAGGAGUAAACUGUGA